AUGAGUGACAGUGAUGCCACUCCCGCGCCGCAGGCUCAACGGAGAGGAGCACGCUCAACGCGAAAUCCACGAACUGUUGUGGAGCCCGAUACGGACGACGAUCUUGAAGAUGCGCUCGGUGAGGAGGAAGAACAGGACGAGGACGAGGACGAGGAGAUGGGAGACAGUGAAGAGGACGCCGACGGAGAGGAAGACGACGACAUGGACGAUAUUCAAGUCCACCCUCCUCCGCCGAUCAUACGACAAGUACCCGCAGGAAAAGCAGGCAAUAAUAUUGUAGUAAGCGGUCCGCAUGUCCCAGGUCCCGUCAAGAGUGUGGAGAGAAAGGAAAUGGAUGACGACGACGAUGACGAUGAAGAGCUCUCUGAAUUAGAAUCGAUUAAUAAUGAGGACGAGGAAGAGGAGGACGAUGAGGAUGAAGAUGAAGAAGAGGAGGACGAGGAAGACGGAGUAGACAACGCGAACGAUGACGCCGCGGGCGAAGAAGAUAGCGACAAUGACGCCUCCAGAAGUGCUACGCCUGAUCUUACAAAGUUGACAAAACGACAACGCGGCGCAUACGAAGACGACCAGGAUAUUGGUCUUCUGGCGCUUUCUAAUGAAGCACAGAAGAAGAAGCAUCUCACAGCAGAGGAACAUGCCGUACGACGUGCAGAAAUGGCUCGCAGGAGGAAGAACCUCAGCGAGAAGCGAAAUGAAGAGGAAAAGUUGGACACCAUCAACAAGCUCCUGUUGAAACCCGCCUCCAAGAAAAAAACCCGUGCCGAAAUUAUUGCCGCCCAAUUGAAGGCCGCGAGGUCAGCUGGUAGUGAGAAAAAAAGCGGAACGCCAGGCGUGGAUGGCAGCAACGCCGCCUCUGGACAGGAUGGCCUCGCAGAUGGUGCUUCAGCAAUUUAUGAGGAGCCUUCGAACCCUCUCUUCACACGGUGGAUAUCAAAUUCUGCGGGUUCCCGGGUCGCAGUUCCAGAGGAGUGGUUAGCAGGACCUGUCGGGGAGGUCUUCUCACUUCCUGCGAAUUCCACGAAAACAAAAAGUGAGGUAGACACGGAGAAGGAGGAUGUCGAAAUGAAAUUGGUCGAGGAAGUCGCUUGA